AUGCUUCCAGCCCAGAUCUAUCUUCUCGCUCUCGCAUCGAUCGCCAAAUGUUCAAUGGCUCAAGGCGUCCCCACCUUCGGCAGCAUUGCAGAGUCAGUAUGCAAGUACGCUGGACCUCUGGGGGAUGUCCUGGGAGUGAUAGACUUCAUUGCGGACAAGAUCCCUGACGCAAGCGACGUUGGGGGCACUGUCGUUCAGAUCGGGACAAGUGGCGAGAGACAUGACGGCGAGGACUUUGUCGUGUGGACUUUCGACUCCAUGAACAAAGUGCUUGGUAGCUCCAGCGUCGAUCCAGGCAUGAUCAAAGCUGCAGGUUACCGAGACAUCCAAGUCCACCAACACAUGGGCGACCAAGCCCAAGGGCAAUACGUCGACAUCAUCGCUGGCGACGACGAGAUCUGCAUCUCAUACAUUUUGGCUACAUACCCAUCAGGCCCCAGCGGCCCACGCGCCUGGCUCGGCGACGUCGGCGCAAUGUGCGGGCAAGCAUGGGAACACAGCUCUACUACAUACUCCGCCGCCGCGAACGAGACACAUUACGGCAAGUGCGUCUGGAUGGACACCGACCACGGCGACGACAUCGACUACCAACCCCAAGCCAUCACAAACCGCCAAAUGAAAAUCAACAUGAACGCCUACGGCGGGGACGCUCUCAAAGAGGAAAAUCGCAACCUCGAGUACAUCUGCGGGGCGACAAUUUUCACCUGGGAUAUCGCGAUUCCUAUUGACGUUCCCACGCCGAAGGGGCCGGUGCCGCUUAGUAGUCUCGACUCUCGAGAUGCAGGGCUGCGCAAGAGGUACGAUUACGAUUACAAGCAACCCGGCACCCCGCGCCAACGGAGCCAGAACUCAGCAGAGCGGUUAGUUGUUAAAUUCACGACCGCAGCAGUCGGCGGUUACGCUCUGCAAUUCUCCUACGUCCAGGGGCUCGGGUUUCGUUUCGAUAGAUGA